AUGAGUGCAAGAUCAGGUAGUUUUAAAGGAUUAGAAGCAACACCGUCCUCAUCUGGCGUCGUCCAAUCUCAGGAAAAUGCGAUUGAGGCCAUCCCCAUGAGCUCAUUGUCCCCUCGUAAAACUCGCAAAAUGCCAGAGGGCAAUGCCCGGAUCCGACGCUACAUACGACCAGUCAGGAUAACGUCUGUAGACGAGACUCUGGUCGAGUCGUACGACUGGCCUCGGAGGAAAGUAAGUUGGAAUUAAUCCCUUCUUCCUGCUUUCACGAAAAAUGUUCAGGCCUUCGGAAUUCCUGAAAUGGCCGCUAACAACCUGUCUUCUUCCCAUAAUAUUGCUAAUGGCCGGCCGGGACCACGGACCCGGAUUGCCCCGCUAAGCCGACCAGGAAUUAAAGCCGAGGUGAGUACUCAAAACACCAUUAGGUGAAUUACUCUCACUUGCAGCCGGAGACAAUGGGACGCUCCAACAAGGUGGCCGACGUCACCAAGAUGAAUGGUCUUACUGGGGCCAUCACAGACCAGCCCGAGGAGCCCAAGAAGUUCCUCGAGAAGGUUGGGUUGGGGGCUGUCAUAGGGAAAGGGGAGGCUGUGGAAGAGUACAAAGCAAACCGCCUCAAAUACAUAUCCAAGAACCUGGUACUAGACGCUAACGAUGGGUACUACUACUACUGGGUGGCGAUCGUAUCUGUGGCUUAUGUCUACAACUUAAUUGUAAGUGUAAUAUCUUCUUAAUACUUUAAUUGGGUUAUAAUUAAAGUUAGAUAUACUUUCAUAAGUAAUGUGCUACUAUAGUUAGUACUUAUAGAUUCCUAUUUUAGGUAGUUAUAGCAAGAUCAGUGUUUGUUGAUCUUGAUUCACGUAGGCUACUACCUUUUUGGCUGGUGUUAGACGUAUGCAGUGACAUAAUAUAUCUCAUGGACAUGUAUUUACGGACUCACACAGGUACGGUAAUACCAAGUUACAUUCAUCUGGAUUUUUAGGGUUUCUGGAGCAAGGUCUUCUAGUCACGGAUGUGACCAGAAUCCGAGGCCUCUACUACAAGAGUACUCAGUUCAAAAUAGAUGUCUUUAGUUGCUUACCAGUCGAUUAUUUCACCAUGUUCUUUCUUCGAAGGUCUACUGUGUUUCGCUUCAACCGGUUGUUAAAGAGAGAACGACUAAUCAAGUUCAUGGAGCAUACAGAGACCAGGAGUUCGUUUCCUAAUGCCUUCAGGGUUGGUGCUGUCGUAUGGUAUAUCGCUGUCAUCAUCCACUGGAACGCGUGCUUCUACUUCCUCAUAUCAGAGACGAUCGGGUUGGGGGCUGACAAUUGGGUGUACGGAGUGCAGAACAAACAAAGUUUGCCAGAGUAAGUUAUUACAGAGUUAAUAUAUUAAUUUAAUUAAUACAAUAUAUGUAACUAUGUACUUUUCAUUUUAUACAAGAAUGACAAAACAAAAAGCACGCAACUAAACUUUUAAAAUUAGUUUUGGGUAUCCUAUUAUAUAUUAUACUAACUCAAACCUUGGUAAAUGUCUUAAAAUUUCAGUGGAAUCGAUGACAGUUUGGCUCGACGGUACAUCUACAGUUUCUACUGGUCGACCUUAAUCUUGACUACAAUUGGAGAAGUGCCUGGGCCUGUUCAGAACGUUGAGUUCGCCUUCGUGACAUUAGAUUUGAUGUGCGGAGUUUUGAUAUUUGCUACAAUUGUAGGUAACGUCGGUAGUAUGAUAUCGAAUAUGAGUGCAGCUCGAACCAACUUCCAGAACAGGAUGGAUGCCAUCAAACAGUACAUGGAGUUGCGGCGAGUUGGCAAGCAGGUAAACAACCUUUAUAUUUUAUAGAGCUACCACUUACUGUAAUAUGUACAGUUUUGGCACAAAUCUACCAGAAUAAAUCAUAUUAGUGUACCUUUUCAAGUUCUGCAACAAAAUAAAGUUAUUGCUGAAUAUUCUAGCUAGAAAUACGAGUAAUCAAGUGGUUCGACUACUUAUGGGCCAACAAGCAAAGCCUGAGCGACCAGCAAGUCUUGGAAGUGUUACCGAGUAAACUUCAGACUGAGAUAGCUAUGCAUGUUCACUUCGAAACGCUACGGAAGGUUAGAAUCUUCCAAGAUUGUGAGGCUGGACUGCUCGCUGAACUGGUAUUGAAACUCCAACUUCAAGUAUUCAGUCCAGGUGACUUUGUGUGUCGUAAAGGAGAUAUUGGCAGGGAAAUGUAUAUUGUGAAGCGAGGAAUGCUACAAGUUGUAGCUGACGAUGGCUCCCAGGUCUACACUACACUGUCAGAAGGCGCCGUCUUUGGAGAGUUGAGUAUUCUCAAUAUUCACGGUAAGAAAACUUUGCAAGAGCUUUUGAAUUGUUUUUAAAAAAGUAUGUUUCAAAAAUGAAACUCAGGGCGCUAGUGGGAAGGGAAAACUGCAGGUUGCGAAACUUUAUACGACCAAAGAUUACUGUAACAUCUAAAAAUAAGUAUUUGGAAAUAAAAUGCAAGGAUUAAGGGGUUUACGUUUUUAAUUUUUUGCGUAUUUUACUUCUGUAAAUUUAAUUUAUACACAAUCUGCCAUUUAUAAUUGUAGGUAUAUUUUAGGUAGUAAAAACGGUAACCGUAGGACAGCCAACGUCCGCUCUCUAGGUUAUACUGAUUUAUUUGUACUGAAUAAAGUCGAUCUGUGGAAUGCCCUCAGGGAAUAUCCCGAGGCACGCAAGAUUCUGAUCAAUAAAGGUCGAGAGAUUCUGAGAAAGGACAACCUUCUAGAUGAAUCAGCUCCACUGGAGAGUAAGACGGCCGAGGAAAUGGCCGAAGAGUUACAAAGCGCGGUCAAGAUAUUACAGACAAGGUGAGUCGAUUAAUGUUUUUACAAGAUCAAUAUAGUGAAGUUAUAUUAAAGUAAGUAACCCCUAAGGGUUUCAACGUUUAUCAAUGCUUAAAUACUUUAAUAGUACAUUAUAGGUAAUACAAUGGUACGAAUGUAUCAAAACUUUCAACUUAACAAUAAAACUUAAUAAGAUGUGUCACGCUAACAUAUAAUUAUAGACUAGCUAGGCUGAUGGCCGAGCAUACGAAUACAGAAGCCAAACUUAAAGACCGGAUACUGUACUUGGAGGGUAAACUGGUAAAAGACGACGAGGAAGACGUCAUCACAAUUCACACACCGUACUCUUUGGGAGAACAUACAGUAUCCGACUCUGCUGUAGAAGCCGAACGACAGAAACUUCUGAAGGACGAGGAUUCAGAUUCGGAUACAGAUUACGAACGGGUCUAG